CUGCUGGGCGCCGGUGCUCCCGCCGCGCGGUCGGAAUCCUAUAUAUACCCCACCUCUUUCUCUCCAGUUCAAAAUUUAAAGAACCAAGCCGUCUCUCCCCCACGGUGAGAGAAAGAGAGGGAUCGCAGUCGUCCCCUGGUGAUUUGCUCGUCUCUUUGCUGCAAAUUUGAUCUGAGAUCUCUCGGAAUUCGAUUCUUUUACAAGUUUCUGAUCUUAUUCUACCGUAAACUCUUUUAGUUUUUUUUUUUCCGUUCUUGAUCGAUGGAUCGAUCAAAUUAAUUGUAGAUGAGUUGCUGUCAGGUAGAUUGGAUCUGAGAAGCAAUCGAUCGAAGCGAUCACAUCCGAUCCCUCAUUUGCCGCUGCUGCUGGAUAGACAGUUAUUCGCAAUCGAUCUCCAAGUUCGUUCCCAACGCAGUGGGUUUCGAGGCCUGCAGGCACGCUUGCGGGCAGGCAGGUGCUGGAUAGCUUGCACAAGCGCUUGAAAUUGACGGAGGAGGGAGGCGGAGAGGCGGCCGCGGAGGAGGCGGAGAACAUGGCGGCGUCGGCGGCCGGAUCGGAAGAGAUGGAGCUCAACAUCCAACGCAUCCUGGAAAAGGUCGACCACUUCACCCAGCAGGUUUCGGACUUGCUAGAAGCGGCGAGGACAUUAUUCAAGGAUCUGAGCAAUGAAUUCGAAGAGCGUUUGAUCACAAUGCACAAGGAGCAGAUGGCCAAGUGGCAGGAAGAGAUCAACGAGCUGCGGUUGCAAGAUGCAUCGAACGAGGCAGCUCGAAAUCUUCUGCAGAACGCUCAGUACCAUCUUCUUCAGAACGUCCGUGAGGACACUUGAGGUGCAGCCAGCCCAAAAAGCAUCCUAAUCCUGCUACUCCAUCAGACGACCCCCAUGAAUUGGCACCGUUUCCUGCUAGGAUAGUUGAGACUGGAACAAAUAUAGCACUGAAAAUAACUGAGUUUCUGAGACUCGAUCUAUCAUAGAAUAUAAUAUGCUCUCUUUGCAGAUACACUUGCAAAAAUCAAAUUCAGCACUUAUACAG